CAGUGUGGCGUGCUGUCUUGACGGACACACUUCUGAGCAGAGCAGAAGCUAUCGUGACGGUUUCCAGUGGUUACUUUGUUCAUAAUUUCGAAGUUGAGUUUCGAGCUAUUCUUAUAAAUACUUUAUACUGAUUAAGUACGCUUUACGAAGAGGGACAGUAUCGUGCGCAGUUCCGCCCAGGCGAUUUCAAGAUUGUCAACCGCUGGUUUCGACAGUAAGACGUUUUUUCCUUCUUGACAUCCGGAGAGCGUGUUCACACGAACCGAGCUUCCUCCCCCAUGGAUGCUAAGCCGCACCCCGAGAUGCGCUUAUUGCAUCUCGUUGAGUAUACAGCUCGUACUGAUACCUUGAAGAAGCAGGGUGAGUGCUCCCUCGCUGAAGUGAAGACAAAGGACGGGCGCGCCUCAUUUGAACCUGUCCUCCGCUAUAGCAAAUCAGGAGGCAGUCAACCAGUUAACCGACAUGUUGUAGUUAUGGGGCAACCGCCAAGCCACAUGUUCUCCAAUUCACCCCAGCCACUCUAUGUGCCGGCGCCGGUUCUCUUGAAUCAUAUAUCAUUAUCAUUGAGAAAAAGUAAGACCCUGUGCGCAACUCCGCCCAUAGUGCACUGCGUGAUGGUCGGAUGGCCUGCUACUAAGAAGGCACCACAAAACGCAGCCACGCAGCAACAAUUACCCCAACCGACAUCAGAUACAUCAGUUGUGUCGAAGCACGUUGUCUUGGAUGGAAAAUCAUUUGAAAAUGUUUUAUCGCUGCCCGCUGAUACCUUCCAAAGGGUGGCUGUUCGUUUCAUGGUGUACGAUAUCACCGACGUACCCGCCCCCGCAGGCGUCCGUCUCUGCUUCAACCAAGCCCGCUUGAAAGGCCACCUCUGCGACAGCAAGCUGGUGGUCGAGGGCGUGGAGCUGCCCGCCCACCGCAUGGUCCUGGCACUCCGCAGCCCAGUGCUGGACAGGAUGCUGAUGACGGGGAGUUUCAAGGAAGCUAAAGAGGGCCGCGUAGAGUUGGUAGACUUCUCUAAAAGCGCUGUAGAGAAGUUUUUGGAGUUCCUUUACACGGACUCGAUAAAAAACUGGGGUGCUAGGGAGGUAGAGCUCCUGCUGCUCGCCGACAAGUACAUGGUUCCGGAGCUCCGCGAAGUUUGCUCGCUGAGGCUCUGGACCUGCGACGCCCCGUAUGCCUUGAAGGUGCUGCACGCCGCCGGCUUCCACGAGAUCCUCAACAGACCUCUGCGCCGCCGGCUCACGGCCAUCGUCAUGGACAACAUGGAGACUCUGGCCAACUCCAAGGACUGGGUCGCGUUCCAAGAAGCUUACCCGGUCCUCGCUGACAGCAUGCUCGGCUCCGCGGACCGCACGUCCGACUCGGCCACCUGCUCGGUGUGGUCACUGUAGAGUUUACGAUAGAAUACUUCUGUAACUGGGUCUGGUAAUUUCUCACAUCACCGCCUCAACUGAGUUAUAUCAGUAGUACGAAUACCAUUCAUACUACUUAUAUCUAUCGAUUCGCUAGAGCGCCAGUAUUUGUUACUCAGUAAAUAUAGCAUACAAAGCUUUCUUCAUCCCGUGAUUACGUGGAUCCAUGAUUUAACUACGAAUAUAAAUCUAAAAUAACAAACGAUAGUACCAAAAUAAAAGUCACACGCAGUUACAACGUCUCUAGUCGGGCGCUGGUUGAACUCUGUUUCAAUAUUUUAAAUAACAACUAUAUAGGAAAUUUUGGCUUUUUAAUUGAAUAUUCUGUUUGCCCAAUAGUGUAGUUUUACCUUUCCCAGGCGCCGGUUCCCUCCUAGAGAAUGCGUUGGUACAGUAAGUCUCUAAAAGAUACGCUGGGCGUACCGAACAUAAAGUAUGUUUUAGAGACGUACUGAACACAACGUAUCUUUUAGGGACGCAAAGUAAAUAACGUAUGUUGUAGGAAGAGACGGCCCAUGGCGCCUUACUGGCGCACUACUGUGUGUGUGUUGAUACACAGUGCUGUGUAUUGGAUCCACAUGGUAACAUGAGUUAGGGCGCAAAUUGGAAGCUAACUGCGAACGACAAGAGCACGCAGAGGUAAGUCAUUAGCGUUUCCAGAAUCUGUAACGUGGAAAUCAGAACUGAUGAGAAAUAGGAACUAGAUUUGUCCAAUUUGUCCCAGAUGGGAGCAAGUGAUGGUGAUAGUAGUUGCCCCGCAAUGCCUUGUUACUUACGGUGACGGUGAGCGUGAGCUUGAGAGUGAUGUACCCGUACAAGGAGAUGACAGGGGGUUUCCUCAUCACAAUCAGAAAAUAAUUCACCUGAGUAGAAAACAAAAGGUAGAAUGCUGAAAUAACGAUGCGUCUUUCCGACUGGAAAAUAGAGCAAUGUCGUUCUGGCUCUGUACUUUCUCGUUAAAGUUAUUAAACUUAAGAAGCAUCUAAAAACUUUUACUACCAGGCAACAUUUCCCUCUCUUUAAGGUGACACAGGACUGAAACUUAAGAGGGAAGGUUAGCAGAAUAGAGGAAAUACUAUUGCUUUAGAAACGUUUAAAGUCUAAAACGUUUUGGAUUUUGUAAGCUGUCAAGUGUCUAGUUCAUAUAUACCAUUCUAUUCUGUACAAUUAUUCUGUAAAACUUGUAUUUUUUAAUUAAAACAGUAUGCUAGUCUGCGA